GCCAACAGGCAGUACGACGAAGCACCUCAACGAGGCCGACCGCCAGCGGAUUCGUACGCUAUAUACCGACGCAAAAUUCACACAGGCUCAAAUAGUCAAAUUAACCGGAUUUACAAAAGACCAGGUCCGUACGGCCGUGAGGGCCUCGUCGGCAGCAAUUGCGCCGCGUUCCAGCCGCCCGCGGGUCAUGACUUCACAACAAGAGGAAGCCCUCGUCAAGUACGUUACUUCCUCCAAAGACGGCCGCCGGGCCUCCUUUUUACUACUUUCAACUACACUCUUUUCCUCCCAAUUCAGUACUUACGCAAUACGGGCAGCCCUACGUCGGCUCAGGUUCUACCGUCGCGUCGCCCACCGCAAGCCCCCCAUAUCCGAGGCCAACCAAAUCAAGCGUCUCGCCUAGGCCCAAGAGCACCUCCACUAGACCGUCGAAGACUGGCGGAAGGUCCUAUGGACAGACGAGACAUGGGUCACGGGCAGUCACCACCGCAAGCUCUAUGUCACCCGCCGCCACGGCGAGGAAUAGGACCCAACGUGUGUUAUCGAGAGGCAUCAACGCAAGCGGGGUUAGAUAUUCUGGGGAUGUUUCUCCGGGGAUCGGAAGGGACCAGGCAUCUUCUGGGAGAAGGAUUAGGGUAG